UGUGUGUCAUAUGCUAUGCUACCGCGCGUUAGCUAGCCGUCGGUGUGUAGAGAGAGAGAGAGAGAGGGGUUAAUUUAAUUCGGCUCAAAGAAAGAACCCUAAAAAGCAGGUUGUAGAGAGAGAAAUUAAUCUCGAGGAGUUUUGUGGUCGACAUGCGUCCUCCUCUCCCCUCUAAUACUCCAAAAUCACCACCAAACUAGUCUUGUUCUCUCCUCUCUCUCUCUCUCUUCUUCCUCCUUUCUCUCUCCCCAUCUUCUUCUCCUUCCUAUCCAUUAGCUAGCUAGCUUGAGAGAUCUCCAUUAGAGAGAGCUUGCCCAUAUGCACUAGCACCAUCCAUGCAUAUGCAUCUUGUAGUUAUUGCUUGCUCUCUUCAAUCCCAGCUUUGCCUCUAAAUCCAGCAGACGCAUCGGAUAUAUAUCUUCAAUCUUCAACCAUAUAGUGGUUGAAUUGAAUCUACAUGUAUAUAUAGAUGAGAAUUAGAGGCUUAGAGCUGGAGAUUUCGAAGUAAAUAUAUUUCUUGGUCGCCUGCCGAUCUUGCGAGGUGUAGAGGGGAGAGAUUUUGGGAUGCUUGAGGUGUCCACGCUGCGAAGCCCUAAGGCGGAUCAGCGGGCGGGCGUCGGCGGCCACCAUGUCGUCGGCUUCGUCCCGGCGCCGCCGUCGCCGGCCGACGUCGCCGACGAGGUCGACGCGUUCAUCGUCGACGACAGCUGCCUGCUCGAGUACAUCGACUUCAGCUGCUGCGACGUGCCGUUCUUCCACGCCGACGACGGCGACAUCCUCCCGGACCUCGAGGUCGACCCCACGGAGCUCCUCGCCGAGUUCGCCAGCUCCCCGGACGACGAGCCGCCGCCGACGACGUCGGCUCCGGGCCCCGGCGAGCCAGCUGCUGCUGCAGGAGCCAAGGAAGACGUGAAGGAAGAUGGAGCCGCCGCCGCCGCCGCCGCCGCCGCCGCUGACUACGACGGGUCGCCGCCGCCACCGCGGGGGAAGAAGAAGAAGGACGACGAGGAAAGGUCGUCGUCGUUGCCGGAGGAGAAAGACGCGAAGAACGGCGGCGGCGACGAGGUCCUGAGCGCGGUGACGACGGAGGAUUCCUCGGCCGGUGCCGCCAAGUCGUGCUCGCCGUCGGCAGAGGGCCACAGCAAGAGGAAGCCGUCGUCGUCGUCGUCAUCGGCGGCGGCCGGCAAGAACUCUCACGGCAAGCGCAAGGUGAAGGUGGACUGGACGCCGGAGUUGCACCGGCGGUUCGUGCAGGCGGUGGAGCAGCUCGGGAUAGACAAGGCCGUGCCGUCCAGGAUCCUGGAGCUCAUGGGCAUCGAGUGCCUCACUCGCCACAACAUCGCCAGCCAUCUCCAGAAAUAUCGGUCGCACAGGAAACAUCUGAUGGCGAGGGAGGCGGAGGCGGCGAGCUGGACGCAGAAGCGGCAGAUGUACACCGCCGCCGCCGCCGCCGCCGCGGUGGCAGCCGGCGGCGGGCCAAGGAAGGACGCCGCCGCCGCCACUGCGGCGGUGGCCCCGUGGGUCAUGCCGACCAUCGGUUUCCCUCCGCCGCACGCGGCGGCGAUGGUGCCUCCCCCGCCGCACCCUCCACCGUUCUGCCGGCCGCCGCUGCACGUGUGGGGCCACCCGACCGCCGGCGUCGAGCCGACCACCGCGGCGGCGCCACCACCACCCUCGCCGCACGCGCAGCCGCCGUUGCUGCCCGUCUGGCCGCGCCACCUGGCGCCGCCGCCGCCGCCGCUGCCGGCGGCGUGGGCGCACGGCCACCAGCCGGCGCCGGUGGACCCGGCGGCGUACUGGCAGCAACAGUAUAACGCGGCGAGGAAGUGGGGCCCGCAGGCAGUGACACCGGGGACGCCGUGUAUGCCGCCACCGUUGCCUCCAGCCGCCAUGUUGCAGAGGUUUCCUGUACCGCCGGUGCCUGGAAUGGUGCCGCACCCCAUGUACAGACCGAUACCGCCGCCGUCACCGCCGCAGGGGAAUAAACUCGCUGCCUUGCAGCUUCAGCUUGAUGCCCACCCGUCUAAGGAGAGCAUAGACGCAGCCAUCGGAGAUGUUUUAGUGAAGCCAUGGCUGCCGCUUCCCCUCGGCCUCAAGCCACCGUCGCUGGACAGCGUCAUGUCUGAGCUGCACAAGCAGGGCAUCCCCAAGGUGCCACCGGCGGCGAGCGGUGCCGCCGGCUGAUACACAUCGAUCACACCGAUCGUCUCCUCCGCCGCCGGCGAAAAAAAAAAAAACCUCUCCUCUCUGCUCCGGCCGGUCUCCACGAUGAGAAGAGGCAAUGCAACCCGUCGACUUGUCGUAGCUUCGUCAGUGUGAAUUGAUUCAUCAUGCAUUCACCCAAUGCGUGUAGACGAGCUCGAUGUGUAAACUAGCUAGUGUGUCUUGUGUGUUUGCAUUGACAUAUCUGGGUUUUUGCUCUCAUGGAAUGUGCAUGCAGAGACGAUGCAGGCGACAUGCAUGCCUACCUGAGAGUUGCGUGUAAAAUAUAAAAUGUUUUGAGAUGGAACGUACACGGACUGCUAUAUAUAUUUUGGACAGCUGGUAAUUAAAUUGAGAAAUAACCAAGGAACUUACACUUA